UGUUCUUACCCUUUUGGCUUCAUUCCGUUCUCGCGUUUGGGCUUUGGGAUCUGGGUCGCUUCUGUGAGAAGGUGCCCAAGGGCUGCGGCGAGGCGGCCAGGUCGUCGCGUGAAAGGGGUCUGAGUCCCUGUGAGACCCCAGUGCGCGUUCCGAGGCGAGCCUAGGGUUCUUUGCGGGUCGGGCACACUUUGCAAAGGGCGCUCAGGGUGGGGAGGUCUCUUGCCGCCGGAGCGAACGAAGACUCCCAGAGCUAGUGUGCCUUUGUACCGCAGUCUGGCUGCGCCAUCUCUUUCCCACGUUGCAGGGCUCCGCCAUCUUGUCCACUAAUCUUGGGGGGGGCGGGGAGGGCUGGGGAGCGCGUGUGACCCUGAGUUUUUCUUAGGUUUUCCACCCCUGUGUUAGCUACAUUUGUUUUCCUUAGGCAGUCGCUGUUUUUUCGAUUGCACAUGGCUGACAUUUUGUACAGCCUAGCACAAAGUUUAUUGGGGGAGGAUUUCUAAGGAAUGAGGCGGAGCAGAGUCUCGAAAUGAAUUACUGGGUUGUUUCUGAGAACCAUGUAGGUGUGGUUUUAGGAGUAAGCAAGUGGGGCCUUUGUUUACCCUCACGAAUCAUUCUGACACGGUCCGUCCAGGUAUCAGGAGUUUUGUGUUCACUCCAUGCAUCAGUCUCGUGAAAUGUAACUUUUGGGCUCAUUGGUCCUUGGGGUCUUGGACAUCCAUUGGUUUCCUGAUUCCGGAGAAGACCCAGCCCCGUGGCAGGUGGCUGAUCAUCUGUCUCCCCACCAGGACCCACCAGAAAUCCUGAGUUUCUUCUCCCUUUGGGCAACCACCUGGAAAAUCAUUGACUUGAUCCUAACAGUGGCCGCCCCACAAGUGAAAGGAUUUUUCUCCUCCAUCACUGGUGCGCCCUCUGUCGCUGUUGUCCGAUGUAUUCUGCUUCACUUUUUAUCAUUAAAAUCCUCAGGCUGGUGGGAAUGCCACCAAAGUUUAAGUUGUAACGUUUUGCCAUGUUUGCUUUCCUUGUGUUUUGAAGGCACGUUUUUAAUUUUAUCGAAAAUAGUUAACACUUUAUAUUGUAUUUGUGGUUUCAAAGUCGUCUCCAAAAUGUCUUCCUCAGCGGAUUUAUUCCAGAAUGGUUGCAGUAAAGGGUCUCUGGUCAUUGCAUAUGCUGCUUAUAUCUUAGGGGUUUUGUUUUUUGUUUCUUGUAUUUUGUUUUUUUUUCUAGAAUAACUCCCUCCUUUAUCUCCCAAUAGGUUCUUCCAAAGGAUGGAUGUGUACCCUAGCAGCUUUCAUUGCUUCGGGUACUAGCAAGUAGAGCCAAUGCUGAAAAUCUGUAUAACGGGGCAAGGGCUGAUAGACACUGGGGUUUCUCCAUGUAGUGGGUUUGAGGACAGUCCCCUGUGGACCUGUGACACUGGGGAAGUGGGGUAUGGUGUGUCUCCAUAGGGAGAGUUGAGGGCUUUCAUACAUUCCUGAUGGGUUUUGUGUUUCCCAGUCUCUUGAGUGCAGUUAAUCUGGCCUCUGUUCCUGAAGGUAAGUGGCCUUGGGAUGUGGUUGCCUUGGGGACCAGGGCUCCCAUGAUGUCCAGCACUGGGCUCCUAUCACCCCUGAGGAUGCAGUGCCCCCCAGGACCUUUGACACCUGGGGAUCUGAAAGGCCCUGGUUUGGAUGUCUCUGGACCACCACCCCUGCCCCAAGACUGUUUCUUCCUCCACCCUCCCUAUGUCCUUUCUGUGUUACAGGUAUAUCUUCAAGCUGAGGGACCACCCACUACAACCUCAUCUUGGUGGUUCCUCCAGGAAUCAAACAGCCACACCAUCCCUGUGCUUGGUCCUGUGGUGGCACCCCUCCGGGCUUCCUGCUGUUACCUGCAGGGGACAGCUGUGACCAUGGCUGAGAGAGCACUGGCACUCACCCAGAUAAGGCGGGGGGACCGUUACUACACGUACACCGAGCUCCUGGCCAUCUCACGGCGCUUCAAGCAGAACCCCAAUGAGCUCAUGAUCACCUGGAUCCUGCGUGUGUAUGACCAGGGGGGCCCGGCCCUGUCCCUGAAUUCUGGAGAGCUGGCCCUGCUGGGCGACCUGACCAGCGAUGCCAUCUUCAACUACCGCUGUAAGACCCUGCGGGGUGGAUGCAAGUCACUGCUCACCUGGCUGCUGCUGGCCUGGCGCCAGCGCUGGGAAUCCUUCCUGCACUUCGAGGCUACCGAGCUGCCCUUUCGACCCUGGACCACCAUGGAGGAGGGCAUCCAGCUGGUACGUGAGCUGGGCAUGCUGGACUGGAUCUACCGCGAGCCGUCCUCGCCUCCCGCAGGCGAGCAGGGGCUAAUGCCCGCACCUGAGGACGUGCCCUUCACGCAGGGCCUCCAGCGGCGCCUGCUAACAGCCGCACCCUCGGAGCUGCGGCUCUCGCUGGUCAGCCUGCUGGUCAAGGGCAUGACGGUGCUGGAGGCGGUGAUGGAGAUCCAGACCAUCGCUGACGUGGGCCUGCUCUGGCGUCAGAGCCAGCCAGGCCGUGCCAAGCUCAUGUUGGGGCCCAACCCGACCCGCAAAGACCUCAUGGGCUGGCUGCUGAGCCAUGGCGUGCCCAAAGAGAGGGUGGACAAGCAGCCCACCAAGGUGCUCCUGGAGCUGUACAUCAAAGAGGCCAAGCGUAGCCGCAGCCACCCAGCCUACAUGCUGGGGGAUGAGCAGCCCCCACCUCCCCCCUACUCAGACCAGGCCUGUGGGGAGGAGCCGCCUGUGCCUGUGCACCAUGACUAGGCCUCCCAGCCACGUUUUCAGUGGGACUCCAUGGCAGAGGGAGGCUGGAUUCCAGGGGAAACACACUCUGGCUCCACCUACCCACCGCAAACCCCCCCACCCCACAUCGUAGACUGAGGGAUGGGCCGUCUGCCUGUUCUCCAGCCUCCCCACGGCAGGCCGCACUGUUACUGUAUUUGAGGUUCCCAGAAGAGGGGACUGUCCUUGCCCCCAGCCACCCCACAGGUGUCACCAGCCAGAGCAGUGGAGGCAGGUGAGCCAGCCGGUGGCCCUAGGUGCCUCAUUCCCCUGGGGCAUGACCUGUUCCCUUUUAUCCGUUACAUUUCAGCCCGAUUGGCACAGUGGGUGGGCAGGCACCCACUCCUUGGCCACAUGGGCCCCCUAAGCACUACAGGCCAAGUGGGGAGACCCCACAGCCCAUUGAUGUGAAAGCACCUUGAAGUUUGUACCUUUUUUAAGGUAUUUUUAAAUACAGUGUUUUUACCUAAUGAUUUAAAGCAUGUACAUUUUGAUUUUAGGGAUGCUCCUUUCUCUUGGAAUUUUUUUUCCCUUAAGACUUUUUUAUUACUGUUUUGCAAUUCCUUUCCCAUUUAAAGUGGACCUCUGCUGUUUGCUCACCUGGAGAAGCAGCUGCCAGUCCCAUUAGGUAGAUGUAUGACCUCUGGCCAGUGUUGGUCACAUCUGGAUUAAAGAUGUUGGGGCCAAGAAUCACAGCUUUGUGAGGACAGCCAGCCAUCCUGGCAGGCCACACUGGGCACAUGGGACUCAUUAAAUAGCGUGAGCAUU